CAUCAAUGCUUCGCUCGGCCUCGCGAGGGUUGGAUUGCUUGGUCGUCAGUCCAGUUGGCUUCAUGUUAGGGAAUGAUCUGGAGUGAGUGCAUGCAUUGUGCCGAUGCCUCAGUCGAUCGAUUGCACGCCGAGUCGGCGCGGGCUGGACCGUUGGCAAUGGAGGCACGAGCGUGGCCUCAAUAUGGUUGGCCGGUAAAGUGAGGCCGAAUGGAGGAUUGCAAUGCUUGGUUGCACUGCCCUGCAGGCUGCAGAUUGCCGCAGCCUGACUCAUCAAGAAUCCUUCGUGUUGCUUCGGCGCAACAGGCACCAACAACCACAAUACAAUUCCUUUUGCGACGACUCGACCUGUUUCCGAUACCUUCGAAAGGCGCGCACUCGGGCUUAUCGUAAUUCCAACAGCUCUGCGACAUCUCCUCCACAGCUGCGACUCGCACUGACGCCAAGCCAAUAACAAUCGAACACGCAUCGCCACAAGUUUUCCACUGCUGUACUGGUUUCAAAAAUCUGCGCCGCCAUCACAAUGGCCUCUCUUCCAGGCGACUUCCUGUCGUCGCCGGCACCAGACAUCACAGUUGAUCGCAUCAACUUCGCUGAGAGCACUCUACCAUGUUACGCAGGCCUCUACGCCGUGAUUCUCGACAAUGUACUCAGCCCAGAGGAGUGCAAGCAGUUCGUCUCCGCAGCCGAAGCAACAACGAAUGGCCAAUGGGAGCGGGCCAUGAUCAACAUCGGAGGUGGUCGCCAAGAAUUGCACACUGACGCUCGGAAUUGCGGGCGCAUCAUCUGGGAUUCUCGCGAGAUCGUUGCCAAAAUUUGGAAGCGCAUCGAGCACUUGCCGGAAAUGCAGGAGAUCGUCCGGCUGGAGAAUGUUCCAACGAUCUUCGGAAAUGGUCCUGCGAAGCGAGGUGAGAUCUGGAAGUUCACUCGACCGAACGAGCGCAUGAGAUUUCUCAAAUACGUGGGAGGAGAGUACUUCCGGCCUCACUGUGACGGGGCAUACGAGACACCGGACAAGAAAGAGAGGUCGUACUUUACAAUGCACUUGUAUCUGAACAGUGGGGGAGCGCUGUCCAAGGAGGAGCUCGCCAAGCUGAGUGCUGAAGAGCGCAAAAACGUGCUGAUCGGCGGUGCGACCACUUUCCACAGGCCGAACAUGGAUCGCAGCAAAGACAUUGAUGUCCUGCCCAAGACUGGCCGCAUCUUGAUCUUUCAGCAUCGGAAUCUGCUUCACUGCGGAGAUGAUGUACUGCGCGGGGUGAAGUACACGAUGCGGACGGAUUUGAUGUACACGUGGGAGGCUUCGGACAACGGCCUGAAGAGCAAAAUGCCGGCACUUGAUGAUUGAUUUGAUUUGCAGCUCAAGUGAAUGAUAGUGGUCGUGGCCAGGUGCAUUCUCCGAGAGAGCGUGUCGCCCAGCGAGUACGUAGUUAAUCUACCAAAAUUGCAGAUUUCGAAGUCAUUGUCAGUAGUAUUCUUGCUCUCACCAGUGCUCAGAGUUCGUACUCACCUUCAAAAAAGAAAAUUGAAGCGCCGUCCUCACAAGAAUAAUCGGAAUCGAAUGAUACCCGGAACUUCCGCCCACCAUAUCUCGCGACAGGUGUAGAUGGCAGAAGCUCAG